UAUUUGAAGUCUGUUUGUCAAUGCAGUGAGUAGUUCGUUAAGGUUAAUACGCAUGUCUCACCAAGUCGUGUGUGAUCGGUAUAUAUAUAUCACAUCCGGUACAUCAACGGCUGUAAAUGUAUCAAUAUCUUACAGACUUUAGGUGUCAUAUGUUUCUUACUGUAUGGAUUGAUAGUACUAUAGGUAACAAAGACCAGUGUCGACAUACAUCAUGAAUAACAAAUAACCUGAUCUAGAGAAAUAAGUUUUUGAGCAUUAAAAGCAAUAUCCAGAUUGCCGCAGUAGGAGUUGAAUCAUCCAGCCUUGUGUCCCGGAGCGGUGUCCGGACUGUGAGGAGUUGAAUUAUCCAGCCUUGUGUUCUCGGAGCGGUGUCCGGACUGUGAGGAGUUGAAUUAUCCAGCCUUGUGUUCCGGAGCGGUGUCCGGACUGUGAGGAGUUGAAUUAUCCAGCCUUGUGUUCUCGGAGCGGUGUCCGGACUGUGAGGAGUUGAAUUAUCCAGCCUUGUGUUCUCAGAGCGGUGUCCGGACUGUGAGGAGUUGAAUUAUCCAGCCUUGUGUUCUCGGAGCGGUGUCCGGACUGUGAGGAGUUGAAUUAUCCAGCCUUGUGUCCCGGAGCGGUGUCCGGACUGUGAGGAGUUGAAUUAUCCAGGCUUGUGUUCUCGGAGCGGUGUCCGGACUGUGAGGAGUUGAAUUAUCCAGCCUUGUGUCCCGGAGCGGUGUCCGGACUGUGAGGAGUUGAAUUAUCCAGCCUUGUGUUCUCGGAGCGGUGUCCGGACUGUGAGGAGUUGAAUUAUCCAGCCUUGUGUCCCGGAGCGGUGUCCGGACUGUGAGGAGUUAAAUUAUCCAGCCUUGUGUUCUCAGAGCGGUGUCCGGACUGUGAGGGGUUGAAUUAUCCAGCCUUGUGUCCCGGAGCGGUGUCCGGACUGUGAGGAGUUGAAUUAUCCAGCCUUGUGUUCUCGGAGCGGUGUCCGGAUUUCAAGGUGUUGAAUUAUCUCACCCUUAGUCCACCUGAGCAAUGUCCGCCUGUGAGAUGUUGAACAAACCGCCUGCCGUAUCUCGAGCAGUAUGAGGUUGUGAGUUGUUGAAUUUUCCCGCCUUGGGUCCCCUUGGCACUGUCUGGACUUAAAGAUGUUGUGAUAUCCCGCCUUGGGCCCCCUGGGCAAUGUCCGGAUAGUUAGGUGUUACGAUAUCCCGCCUUGGGCCUCCCUACGUCCGUGAUGAAUGGUACCUGUCUUUGUCUGUCAUGUCCAGGAUUGAGACCGUCGGGAUCACUGCUGCACACUUUCACUCCAGUGAGAUGAUUCUAGUGUGGUGUAAGAUCUACAGUUCCCAUGUAGUGUCCGCUCCUCCGUUCUGACCGGACCGUCCGAGAUACGUCCGGAACUCCAGGAGUAUGAGGACACGUUGUCUUCCCCGCCGUCUUCUGACUAAACCUCGCUGGUGGAUUGUUUUAAUUUCUGUGUGUAUACUUCUCUUUCUUUUCUUCGCCCUCGAUUUUAGCAUAACCUACGACGGUGUGUCAGUUGAACCAGUCACCCGUGUUAACCGGAUAUCAAACAUUUACCAGACAUCAUCGUAUCAACAUGUGGCUAGCAGAUUUAGGCAAAGAAAUGACGUGUUACGUGAUGGCUGCCAAACCUUGAAGCAGUAUUACGCAGUUCAGGACUCUGAGGCCGCAGUCAAAGAACACCUGGUGGUGGACAGUAAGAACCAGAUAACCUACUGUGCUAUUGAAAAGAUUGGAUGCACAUUCUGGAAGAGAGUGUUUCAAAUCCUCAGCGGUUGGCAGAAUGUAUCGGACCCUUUUCGAAUAAAGGGUAUUCACGCAUACGAAGGGUAUCAAACAGCCAAGCGGUUACCUUUCGAUAAAAUUUAUAACAUACUUGUGCAUUCCACAAAGUUUAUGUUUGUGCGAGAGCCCUUUGAAAGGCUUCUCUCAGGGUACGUGGAUAAAUUGUAUUCACCGAACGCAGCUUACUGGAAUUUCAUUGGCCGAUAUAUUGUUACUAGGUUCCGCGAGAAUCCAACCAAUCACAGCGCCGAGUGCGGUCAUGACAUCACAUUCCAGGAAUUUGUAGAGUAUUUCAUAUAUUCACAGAGCACUAACGAACACAGAGACGCACAUUUUGUUCCGAGCUUUGAACACUGUCGCCCGUGUGAAAUAGAGUACGAUUACAUCGGCAAGAUGGAAACAUUUAAAGAAGACACUUUUCAUAUACUAAAGACACUUAAUUUAGAAAAAAUUGUGAAAUUUAGCAAUUUUCAGAACGAGACUGAAACAGACGCCAUUAUAGACACAGUCGACUAUGUCUACUCCAUGCGUCGUCCGAUACAGAAAUGUAUGACUCUGACUCAGGCCCUGUUUCGGGCUUGGAGGAAGUUACAAAUUAGAGGUAUUAUAAGCAAACACAUCAAAUUUCCUUACCCAAUGAAUUACGCUGAAAAUAUUCAUCCCAAUGAGUUUAAAAGACUUUUACUUGAUGCGCAUGCGAUGUCAGGAGAUCGAGAAUUGCGUAAGAAGAACAGACAGGAAGCUCUUCUUGAGGCAUACAGUAACCUGACUCCAGUCACCAUGGACAGGCUAAAGGAGGCGCUUUAUGUGGACGCGGUCCUCUUUGGAUAUGAUGUGUAUCCCGACAAACUCAGAAAUAUCGGAAAGAGAAAGUCCAGAAAUGACGGGUUUACGUAUUUUAAGUUAUAGCCAUGAUUAUAUGCAUAAUUUCAGUGUGUAUGUUUGAUGUCUGUAAAAAGAUGUGUUUGUUAGAUUCAGUUGAAAUACCGGCCAGUCAUGAAUAAACCGUUGAAACCAAACAUCGUUGGUGAUUUCAACCUUACAGAAAACUAUAUACUAGUAGUAGCGAUUCAGACAGAUAGCAAAUGAAUGUAAUAAUUCAAAGCACUGGCCGUGUAUGGGUAUAAGACAUAUGUAAUUAAUACGCUGGGUUUACUUCUAAAGGAAUGUGUAAGAGAAAAGAUGAGUUAUCCUUGGAAUACUAAUUAUGUAUGUAUGAAUACGAGACGACAUUAGCUACAUGUAAUGGAUAAACUGCUGUAUGAAUGCCAUCACAUUCUAUCAGAAUGAUAUUUUAUGGGAGUGUGAUCAUAGCCUAUUCUAUGUGACAGCAAAACAUUUGACAUGUGCUACAUUGUAUGCAUAAUUCCGUCGAUGUUUUGUCUAUGUAUAGAUAAUGUGUCCAAGGACCUCCCUCGUGUAUAUCGUUAGGAUCUGUUACGUAUUUCUUUACUGAUACGAUAAUGUAUACAUCCUUAUUGUUGAAUAUCCAUAUGCUAACGUAUUGGUCCUUACUGUUGAAUAUUCAUAUGAUGAUGUAUUCGUCUUUCCUAUUGAGUAUUUAUAUGAGGAUAUAUUCGUCCUUACUGUUGAAUAUUCAUAUGAUAAUGUAUUCGUCCUUACUGUUGAAUAUUCAUAUGAUAAUGUAUUCGUCCUUACUGUUGAAUAUUCAUAUGAUGUUAUCAUCCUAACUGUUGAAUUUUUAUAAUGUAAUCGUCCUUAUUUUUAAAUAUUCAUAUGAGCAUGUAUUUGUCCUAGCUGUCGAUUAUUCUUUUAAAGGAAAUAUUCAUCCUUACUGUUGAAUAUCAAUAUGAGGAUUUAUGCGUCCAUAUUAUUGAAUAUUCAUAUGAUA